GACCCGUCUUUGGAUUUCUUGGGAUUUGAAAGUUAUUGCCGUGGUGAUACGUGCUAUUUAUGGAUGUUGUAACGAAGAAAGGGACAAUAAUCGAAAUGAAAAGGCUAGUAGCAUUCACCGUUUCCACUCAAGAUCCCGAAAUGUGUAAAAGGAAAGCGGUGACCAUCUGCAGAAAUGGUGACCAUAUCAACACCAAAAAUCCAAGUGUUUUCGAUGCAUUUUCAACAGAGUGAUUAUGCAAGAAACUUCGGGCAUCAGUUAAUCAACUACUGCCCUGCAAAUGCAAGAAAGUUGAAGAGUGAUUGAAUUACCGGAUGAUUUAAUACCGAACCAACGUUUACCUCUGCAUAACAGUUCCACUAUUGAUUCAGAUACUGAAAGGCCCCAACAGCCAGGACGUCGUGUCGUGUGUUGACAACAGGGAUGUGUCAUUUGGGUCAUAUCUGGUCAAGGCAGCGAGGCUGGGUCACAUUCACUGCGUGAAGUUCCUAGUUGAAGUCUUUCGCUCUCGUUUGGAAGAAGAUGGCCUAGUUUUCGCAUAUCAAGUGUUUGAGGUUGGGGCCACUCCGUUAUUUGCUGCCGUGGUAGGAGGCCACUUCGAUAUUGCCAAAUACCUUGUGUCCAAGGGAGCCAACGUCCACGCCACAACCAGAUCCAAAAACUCAGCGUUGUCUGUGGCCUGCUCCAACGGGCGCCUCGACCUCGUCAGACUCCUGGUGGAGCAUGGAGCAGACAUUGAGAAGACUGACCAACUGGGAACCACCUGCCUGAUGCUGGCAUGUAAUAGAGGUAGUCCAGAGGUAGCCAGGUACCUAGUGGAAAUUGGCGCUAACGUGAACAGACAGAGGAUAGACGGGAGAACUGCUUUGCAUGAAUGCGCCGAUUAUGGUCACCUCGAAUCAGUUGAGCUCUUGCUGGAUCAUUAUGCAUACAUCACUCCUGAUUCUAUGGGUGAGACGCCUUUACUUUGCGCUAGCUUAAGCGGGCAUGCGCACGUCGUCGAGUACAUGAUUUCCAGAAGGGAGCUGAUCUCCCAGGAAGACAGGAUCGAGGCUUUAGAGCUUCUUGGUGCGACCUUUGCUGACAAGAGGAGGGAUGUGGCCAUUGCUGUCAUGUACUGGGAAAUGGCCAUGGAUGAACGGCGUGACAACGAUAUACCAGUCAACCCAGAGGCCGACGAUCCUCUGUACACCGAAUAUUUCCAGGAAGUGACGACGCCCCAGCAACUGGAAGAGAUACGUUACAGCCGAGACGCAAUAGCAAUCCAGUCGAUGCUGGUGAGGGCCAGGGUGCUCGGCUACACACAUGAAGCCACGUUUAACGACAUGCGACGCAAAGGGGAGAAAUUCGCCUCGACCGGCGAUGUCAAGCAAUGCAUCGUCCUUUGGAUGCGCGGCCUGGAGAUGCAACAGAAGGCCCUGGCAGUCCUAGACCACAGGCGACUCUUCUUCCUCACGUCUCUGACAGACAUGUUUGCAGAUAUGGUUCUGAGGUAUCCCGAACUUGGCGAUAACAAUGCAAUGUAUUUUGAAGAUGUCCUGCGUCUGUUUGAAAACUGCUGCAGGGAAGUAGCGAUUUCGGUGACGGAUAAGACUCCCCUCGCCAGCCAUAUGGUGUAUUUCCAUUAUCUUGACCGUUUCAUCCCUUUGGCAAUGCACGUACUGUUGGUUCUGCUAAAGAUUAAUCCUCAGCUUUCAUCUGCCCAGCUGCUAACAGUAAAGAAGUUAGUGUACAGGUUAGUCAAAUUAGAUCCCAGAGAUUCCACAGGUAGGACUCUCCUGCACACGGCGUGCGGUGGUGGUUUCAUAAUUCGUGAUGGGUCGCCUUUGGUCUCGACCUUCCCCAGUUUAGAAGUUGUAAACGUCCUGCUGGAAACUGGAGCCGAUCCUUGUGCGAUGGAUCAGUACAGAAACACGCCCCUCCACAUGCUCGGUUUGAAUGGCGAGUGCCCCCGAGGGGUGGUGGAUGCUUUGCUCUCGGCCGGUGGCCACUUGGACGCCGUGAAUGAAGACGGCCUCACCUUCGGGACCUUGAGGGUCUUCCAUGGGGAGAAGCUGCACCAGAUAGUGGACCCAGUCCGCCACACUUCUCUGCAGUGUCUGGCUGCGGCUGUCGUUCGGAAACAUGGCAUCGAAUACAAGAACGUGGUGCAUCCUCGACUGGAGCGAUUUGUCGAUAUGCAUUGAUUCAAAUGUCUUGAUAAUAAGUACCAGAAGAAUAUCGAGCGCCUUGUCAUUUGUUGUACAUAGAUCUGUAAUUAUGUAGUUAUAUCUAUUCUGUGUAUAUUAUCUAGUAAAUACUUUUAAACAGACGCAGUACUUUUACGUCCUAGACUGGUUUUAUAUCCUGCAUUUUCUUCUUGAUGUGUUGUUACUUCUAAUUACCGAAUUAUCGGAGCAACUUCUUCUUUCAAUUCUUGUUACGCAUAUUUAUCUGUGGUUUAGCUUGGUUCCUUUCUUUGUGAUCUAAAAUAAUGCUUCUUUCUUCUGUCAUAUUGUAUAUUUUUAAGAAUUAAGUUCUUUUGCUGUUUACUCGAUUGUUGUGAGAUAUAGCUAGGGCAGAGAGGGUCGUGUGGCUAACAGCCAUAUCUCUUAUUGCAGAAAGAUUGAUGGGUAGACUCAUGUGCUAUUUCUUUCAGUCAUGAACGUUUAUUGUAAUACCUAACAGCCAUGCAAACUACAUAAUCAAAAUUAACUGUAAUCAGACUGACAAAACUGUAUUAUUUACACAUGAUAUUUUAUUAUUAUUAUUAUUUAUUAUUAUUGUUUUAGUAAAAGUAGGAUACGUAUAAUUAUUCUCGUAGUGUUGAUAGUGAGAGCAUCAGCUGCAUUCAACUUACAUAGUUUUCUUUGGAAUCUCUCUAAUAAUUGAUUUUUCAGUGUUACUGAAUUCUAGAAGCCAGUAACUUUCCGUUGUUCGUCAUUCUUUGGAGAGCAAAAUACUUGUAACCUAGUUUGUUUUUAUUUAGAGAGAACGCGACAUAACGGUUAUAUUCUUUGCUAUUACGCUUGUAACUGAAAUGUGAAGACCAUAUUCCGUAGAGUUUUCAUUCAGUAGAAAAUCGUAGUAAAUAUUGUUCUAAGCUACGUUCUGCUCAAUCCCUGUUGGGUAUGUUCACACCGAAUGACAGAGUGCAGUAUCCCUGAUAACUCAAUUAGAAGAACGAUGGUUAAAAUUCUAUGUAAACUGAAUGCAGCUAGUGAUUUAAACAAUAAUUGCUCAAAAGGUGGCGUUCUACCUGCAUAAUGAUUAUUAUUCUCAUUAGAUAUCCUAUCUAGAUUAGAAGUCUCAAAGCAUCUAAGUGCCUCUCCUUCAAAAAACCUGGCACCAUGUCCACCACCUUUCAAACAUCAAGCCUUUGCACUGCGGUCUUUCUGUGUGUGUGUGUGUGUUUUUUUUUUUUUUUCUCCUAAAAAUAGAGGGAUGGGCCAGCAAGCCCCCCCCCACGAGCCAUUCAGUGACCUUCACGCCACACAGUGCAAUGGGGUGGUUGUUAUUUCUUUCAAACAGCAUCCUUCAGCAGGACCAAAGGGUCAUUAGCCAUUUAAGGGAGCAUUCUCCCCCACCAAAUUGUUCACAACACUUCAUUAGGCACUCCUCUGCCUUUAGGCACAUUUUAACUUUACCCAUAAUGGGACCACAAUGUCCAGGCUGUCUUUGCUAUUUACAGUUGGAGGGGGGCUGCACAGACUAGUGUUGGCAUUUUGGGUCUGUUAGUCUGUUUGAGUUGGGGUUAUCUGCUCCACAGAUCUUCAAAGGUUUCUUGGUGGUCUUCAUAUA